AUGGAUGCUACAGUAGCGCGGCUGCAUGCGCAAGCCCUCGAUAGGUUCAUUCGCGGUGCCCUGCCUUCGCCCCCCCUCGUCUGGCAAUUUCAUACGAAGCAAAACGGUGAGAAACUGCAGCGUGUGUUGAUGAAUGGAUGGAUAGAUGGAUGGGUAUUCUUAUGUCCGCAGAGGCCUUCAGGCAUUAUGACAGGCUAAGCGACCGCGUUCAGAAGUGCACCGGCGUGUUCAGCCACGAGAUUAAGGAAGACGGGAGAAGAGAGUAAGAGAGGAGGGAAGAUCACGAGAAACGGACGGAAACCCACGCAUCGCUCCAUUUGUGAAGGUACCUGGUUGCAACGUAUCGCGAUUUCUGCAGUCGCUACGUUGACCCCGCCGUCAUGUCGGGAGAACGGUGAGUCCAAUGCAGUUGAUGACGGACGCUGUUUUGAUGCAUCCACGGUUGCUGGCGCUCUCUCUCUCUCAGGCACUACUAUGAGGUGAUUAGAGAGGGCCAUCCUUGCUGGCUCUACUUCGACAUCGACGCCAAGUGGUGCCAGCUUCCCCCUGACGUCAACCGCAGCACCUACACGAAGGGCCUCCUCGACAGCUUCUACCUCCUCCUGAGGCACUUCCUUUUUUCCAACUACGGCGUUAAAAUCGAGGAGAAAGACGUCAUCGACAUGGACUCAUCAACUACUGAUAAGCUGUCGCGGCACAUUAUCAUCAAGCAUCAGGCACACAGCCAGCGGCGGGGCACUACCAGCACGGCAUUCGCAAGCAAUGCCAUGGCGGGAUGGGUGGUGCAGCAGUUUGUCGAAUGGGCCACACGGCUCCGUGAUGAAGCCGCCGCGGACCAGCAGGCCGGCCGCGGCGCUGACGUCGAGCCCUUCGGCGACGACGCACCAUCAGCCUCGACACUCGCCGGUGCUGCGCGGGCUCUGUUUGUGCGUAGCAAGGUAUGGCUGGAGAACCCUGAUGGGUGCGAGGAGGGCAGGGAGUGGGAAUGUGUGGUGGACAGAGGGGUGUACAGUCGCAACAGAUGUUUUAGGUCAGCUCACGAUUCAUACGGGGACGAAUUGUGCAUUUCGAUGGUGGUGUCCUUCAGGAUGCUGCACAGCAGCAAGUAUGGCAAGGACACAGCGCUCAAGGUGGCAAUAUGGUCCUGCUACACAUACACAGAUUGCGUCCUUUGCCUGUCUAUCAGCUUGACAUGGAUCGCACGGGCUACCCCAUGAAGCAUCUGAACACAUUCCGUGUGCUGGAGUCACUGGCGUCAUUCGUUCCUUCGACCGUGAGCAAGCACCGAAGGAUACCCACACACAAACACACACAUGCACACACAGACAUUCUGAUAUGCAGGUGAUCUUGUUCGAACACCCCGACGUGCCUCAUAUGUCCAGCCAAGAGUACCUCCGUAGCUGCCGACAGCUGUCGGCUCCCCAACCGUCACGGCAGGCGGCAUCCAGCUGUGUCGAGGGGUCUGAUGGCGACAUUCCAGAGGUCCAUCGGGGCCUUAUUGACUACAUGGUACUUCAUUGACGCAUGCAUGUCUCAUGUAUGCUUUCAUUGCGGUGCAUGGUGUUGCCUGGUUGCCUGACAGGUUGCCUCAUGGGACAAAGAGUUUGAGGCAUGGAGGGGGUCGCCGGCAACAUGGAGGCAGAGUCGACUAGACCUCCUCCUGCAACCACCACAGCCACCAGAGCCGCCCGAUACCUUCAGCACAGACGGCACAGGAGUACGCUCACGUGUCGCAAAGGUCUGCAGGGCGGGGUCUGCCAUCGAUGUGCACAGUGUCCAUGGAUGUCCAUGUUGUUGUCUUUGUACGUGUUAGUGGUGGUUCACGCGACCCGACGCUGGUGCGGUGUACGAGGAUAGUGCGGACGACAGGAGCCUUUCAGAUUCAACGGGCUAUGUCUGUGUGUCUUUGGGUGGCGACAACCGUCUGUGUGAACGGAUAGGAAGGCCGCACAAAUCCAAUGGUGAGAAUACCAACAGAUGAGAAAACCAAGCCUCAAUUCUCUCUCUAUGUGUAGGCAUCAUGUUGGUGGCUGACUUGAGGAGACGUGUAUUCUGGCAGAAGUGCUUCGAUGUCGACUGCAGGUACUUCGAUGUCCACUGAGGAGAUGAGACAACCAGCGCAUCUCAAUAGACCUGUGUGUUCCUAUCAGUGGGUUCCGAUCGAUCGAGAAUGGCCUGCCCGACAGUCUGUUUGCCGAUGCAACUCCAGGAAGUGGCCCUCCGCCACAAAAGAGAAGCCGCAUAGAGACCCCAUGACACUCAGCAGACCGUCUUGUGAGUCGCGCACUUGGUGGUGAACGGACGCAAUCACGAGAGACAUGGGGCCCGGGGUAGACGGAAUGCAUGUCUACGUGAGUA